AUGGGGCGGGUGGGGAAGAGGCAAGCCUCCAGGGCCUUCAGCCUCUACGCCAACAUCGACAUCCUCCGGCCCUACUUCGACGUGGAGCCCGUCCAAGUGCGCGCCAGACUGCUGGAGUCCAUGAUUCCUGUGAAGAUGAUUAAUUUCCCACAGAAGAUUGCAGGCGAGCUUUAUGGACCCCUCAUGCUGGUUUUCACACUGGUGGCCAUCCUUUUGCAUGGGAUGAAGACCUCGGACACCAUCAUUAGGGAAGGCACACUGAUGGGCACAGCCAUUGGCACCUGCUUCGGUUACUGGUUGGGCGUCUCCUCUUUCAUCUAUUUCCUGGCAUAUCUAUGCAAUGCCCAAAUCACAAUGGUGCAGAUGCUGUCACUGUUGGGCUAUGGCCUUUUUGGACACUGCAUCACUCUCUUUGUCACCUAUAACAUCCAUUUCCACUCCCUUUUCUACAUCUUCUGGUUGGGUGUUGGUGGACUCUCUACACUACGAAUGGUUGCUGUGUUGGUGUCGCGCACCGUGGGGCAUACCCAGCGGCUCAUCCUGUGUGGGACUCUUGCUGCUCUGCAUAUGCUUUUCCUCCUCUAUCUGCACUUUGCUUAUCACAAGGUGGUAGAAGGUAUCCUGGACACAUUGGAAGGACCCAACAUGCCGCCCUUUCAGAGAGUUGCCAGAGACAUUCCGGUCGUUUCCAAUGCUGUACUGAACACAACAGCCAAAGCCGUUGCAUUGACCCUGUAGUUUCACAGACUUGGACUUGCUUCCUUCACUACUUUUGGGGCUGCAUAGGGCCGUAAUAACCUGCUGCCUCUUAGGAACUGGACAGAACAGCAGGAAGAAGACUUGGUUUUGUUUUCCUGGACCUGGCCUUUGGGUUGCAGUUUUGGGCAGCUGAGUGAACUGCACGUCAGUGACUCAGAAGAACUACACUCUUCCCCCACCCAGGUCUGGGCUGUCUUGAGUAGAGUGGUUCUGUUGCCUGCAUGUUUAGCUGGGAUUUCCCAGCACAGUUGUCCCUUACCCCUCUUUCCGCUUGCUGAUGUAACCCCAGGGCUAUCUGCCCUGUUCCUGUCCUGAAGAGGGAAGAAUUAAAUUGAUGUUGGUGCUGAGUGAUGUCUUAUGUUUGAGCCUACUUGCGUAAUGGGAGAGUGGUGCUGGGUCUCUACACCUCUAUCUGUCCUGUCCUAGACUCAAAGCAGGAUUCUUUGCAA